AAUUGUUUAAUAAAUAAGCAUAUUCCACAAUAAUGAUAUCUUUAUUCAUGAGUAUUAUUAGUAUUACUAUACUGUUGGUAGUGGCAGUGGUAUAACAGUUGGUAUUGAACUGGAAGUUUGCUCCUGAUAAAGAAAGGCCAACCUUUCCAAAGAUCUUGGAUUAUACGUAUAGGAUUUUAUACUUUUGUUUCCCUUUUAGUGUAUCACUAUCAGUUCAAAAUUAGGGAUGGCUUGUCCAAGUAUUGAAAAACAAACUAACAAACUCAGAAUGUAUGAAAAACUUGCAUUGAAUCAUGUCAAAGGAUUAACACAAAGUAAAACCUGCAAUAUGGUCAUUGCUGUUACUAUUAUACAAGCUGUAGUUAGAUCAUAGACUAAUUCGAAUUUUACAUUCCGAAACAUUUGAAGCUAUUGAUGGCCUAUAGGUAUUGAUGAAGAAAUUCAGACUGAGGAAUAAAGUUUACUCUCUCAGACCCAUGGCCAAACCCUUACUGUUUCAAGAAUUUGGAUUUUCUGUUAAAGAAAUAUAUAAUACUAAUAAUAUAUAUUGGUUAUUACAAUGUCUAAUAUAUCCAUAGAAAAUAAUGAGUGCCUGGAAGUUUAUUGUAAUAUAAAACUACAUGAAUCAAAUAAAGAAUUAAAAACUGUAAAAGAUUCAGACUCUGGUAGGGGUGUUUCCCUUCACAAAGAAUUAAGCAAUAGCUCACACAGUUUAUCAUCAUCAUCAUCAUCGAGUUCCUCUUCAUUGCAUCUUAAGGCAAAGAGUAUUCCCACUCCUCCAGAUGGUGGAUGGGGGUGGAUGGUGGUAUUUGCUUCAUUUAUGGUUAACUUAAUUGCUGAUGGAGUAUCAUUAUCAUUUGGUAUUCUUUAUAUUCACCUUGUAAGUUAUUUUGAUGAAAGUAAAGCCAAAACAGCUUGGGUUGGUUCUCUCUUUUUGAGUAUGCCCUUGUUGAUGGGUCCGAUAGCAAGUGCAUUGACUGAUAGGUAUGGGUGUAGGAAAGUAGCUAUUGCAGGAUCUUUGUUGGCUACCAGUGGGUUUGCCAUGAGUUUUUUUUCCAAUUCUUUGGAAUUUCUUUUUCUUACUUUUAGCAUCUCAGGGUUUGGUUUAGCACUUUGUUAUGUAACUUCUAUAGUGAUUGUAGCUUAUUACUUUGAAAAGAAGAGGGCUUUGGCAACUGGUUUAGCAGUCUGUGGGACAGGAAUAGGCACCUUUGUGUUUGCCCCUUUGACUAUUGUGUUACUUGAAAAAUAUGAGUGGCGUGGCACUUUGCUAAUCUUAUCUGGUUUCUUUCUGAAUAUUGUGGUCUUUGGGUCUCUCAUGAGGGAUCUGGAAAUUUCUCCUAAAGAGCUAGAGGUAUCAGAUUUUGAGAGUGAAACUGAGUCCAAAAGAUAUUCUGAAGAUGGAAGAGAUUCAUACGAUGAAACAGAUAAGGUAGAUGGAAUAUCGAGGGAUCGAUUGUGCAAUUCCCUAGUUCAAUUACCAACAUACAUAAGUAGUGAAAAUGUACCAGUAGAAGUGAUUAAUGAAUUAUCUACAAAAGAAAAAGGACAUCUUAGUACUCUUCUUGAUCAGUUUCCAGACAUUUUGAAUUCAUUUGUAUCAGAUUUUGUUCCAGGAGAAGCCCCAAGAAGAAUGUCACCCAACAAGAUUCAGACAGUUGACACCAUUGUAAAAAUAUCAAUAGGAGAUUUACAACAAAAACCAGUUGUCAUUCAAAAAGAAAAUAUAAAGGAAAAACAUGAACACAAACAGAACCACAUAUUAAGACAUCAGACACAGAGACAUGUCUCCUGGUGGGGACAGAAUAUAUUGGAAAGAACAGAUUCUGCUCUGCUCAACAACCUGCGACUGCAACGAGGAAGCUUAACCUACCGUGGAGCUAUGCUGAAUAUUCAUCGCUAUCGAUUAAGAGCAUCUAGCUGCCCUGAUAUCUACCGUAACAGCAUGACUACUUUAGACAGAAGAGAACAGGCAUGUGCAUUUUUUCAAGAUCUAAAAGACUUCUUGGUGGACAUGGUGGACUUGACAAUCUUUCGGAGCAUCCAUUAUACUUUGUUUUGCUUGUCCAAUUUUCUACUGUAUGCAUGUGUGGAUAUUCCGUACGUAUACCUCCCAGAUAAUGCCAUCACCCACGAUGUUGAGGAAGAAAGUGCCUCUUUUCUCAUAUCCAUAUUGGGUAUUUUAAACAUGGUUGGAGUGGUAAUGGUAGGAUACGGGGGGGAUAAAAAGUGGAUAGAUUCUUCAUUUCUGUACAGUGCAUUUAUCUCUGUGAGUGGCUUGACUAUAGCUGUUAUUCCCUGGGUCAAAACCUAUGCUGGUCUGGCAAGCAUUGCUGGGAUAUAUGGGUUCACCAUUAGCGCCAAUUAUGCUCUGGUUUCGGUUAUUAUUGUGGACAUAAUCUCACUGGACAAGUUUACCAAUGCUUAUGGUCUACUUCUGCUAAUUCAAGGGUUUGCUAGCAUUAUUGGACCUCCUUUAGCAGGGUAUAUGUUUGAUUCUACUGGUAACUAUGAUGCUACUUUCUAUGUAACUGGGACAACUAUAUUUGUAUCCGGUGUAAUGGUUGUUCCAGUUUCGAAAUCCUUUAAGUUUAGUCUUCUUUCUGCUUUACUGUUCAGUCCAAAAAGUUCUUGUGAAAUGAACAGAAGAGUUGACCAUGUCAGGUUUCAGUUUGAGAAAGAGAAUGAAGAAUCACUGGAAGUAAAGUUCUGCAAAAAACCUAGUGUGUCAGAUGGACAAGUCGUGAGCUCUUUAAAGCAAAAAAAACAUGAUGAAGUCAAAUGAUAAAAAUCCAAAGUUUGAAAAUCCUGCAUUUUUUUUUCUGAGAGGAAAAUUAAGAGUAUUGUUUCUUGUAGAAAAAAUGGUUAUGCAUGAACUUUUUGAUGUAUACUUUUCUAUAGGACAGAUAGUUAAAUGAAUUUAAGUACAUUUCAAUAUUACUAGCAGUUUUGAAGUGGACUUAAACAUCACUUUGAAUGAGUGAAUAAUUGAAAGUUGUAAAUUUACAAUCUCUGUGAAGAGAGCUUUUAAAUCUUAGGUUUGUAAGUAAAGAUUUUAACUAAGUGAUUACAAUUUAACAUUAAUCACUAAUACAACUGUAGUUCCUUUAAUCAAUAUUAGUUAGGAUUUAUAUAUAGGUAAUUAAAUCAAAUUCGUUAGCCAUCAAUUUUCACUGAAAUCCAUAAGAAAAUACAUUAUGAUUACUCAUCUUUUUUUUAAUUACAUUAUUAAAUAAGGCUUGCUGAUUUUAUGGUAUUUGUCAAGACUUACAGGUAAACUCAUUAACCCUUUCACUGCAUUGUGCCAUAUAACCUACAGCAUAUAGUAACCUUCUUUCCAUAGAGUCCUCACACAGAUAUUUCUGCUUUUUGCUAUGCAUAAAAGUAAUCCUAGGGAAGUCCUCAAGCGUUAUUGUGGUUAUAUGUUGUAUAGAUCAUAUGGCAAAGUCAUAUCACCAGGUAAAUAAUGGGCUUUCUUAGAAGACGUCCACUGCUUUAUUUCUGUAGAUGUUUCAAGUUUAUUAUGGCUGUUUAGUCAGAGUAAACAAGAAAAAAAAGUUCAAUAAAAACUAUGGUUUCAUCUGGGCAAAAGGUUUCCCUUGCUAUCAUCAAAUUAAAAAUCAAAGCAGUGAUUGUCAGAGAAACCCCAAGAUUUAUCACAAAUGGGUCAUGCCAGUGAAGUGUGUGCUACUUCUAAAAGAUGACUAUGAGCUCAUGAAAUAAAGGAUUCUACCAUAAAAUCAUAAACAAACUGUUUCAAUGGCACAGAAGCUCUGUAGCAAAAAUCACUGUUAUAAGAAAGUUAACAACAACAAACAACAAAAGAAGGUUUUUCCCAAAAAUUAAACACUGUUGCUACAGUGAAAGGGUUAAAUGAAACUUGUUGUUUGACCAGUAUAUGAAAUACAUAGAUAGUUCAUGGUAAUUUUUAGUGCUUUGAUAUUUUAAUUAAUUAAUUUAAAUCAACUGUUGUGUAGAGUAUGAAAAAAAUAGAUCUUAUGCCACAUAAUUAUGGCAUUUAGUCAUUUUGAAUAAUUCUCUUUAGUCUUUGUGUGUUGUUAAACAGUUUUUUUCUUGCUAUGUUUACUUUCUUCUUUAUUAGCUCUAUCAAAGGUACAUAUAAAAGGUUAAUAUUCUCCAGUACGGUAACUUUUAUCUUUUUGUAUAAAUAUAUUAUGCACAGAUAAAAGCUGGACUUUUUUCCACACACAUUAGUUAGAGAAGUGGUUCUCUCCCUUCUUAGCUCGAGGGCCCAUUUACAAACAAUGAUUGCCCGGCAUGAUCCAAUAAAUAGGUUUAAUGUAAAGAACUUCUGGCUUACUAAAUAAAUGUGUAAACUUGGUGAGAAGAUAAUAUAGAAUAAAUAACACGCUAAUUGAUUCUUUAAUAUUUAUCCAGGUUUUUCUUCUCGCCUCUUGCAGAAUAAUACUCAUCCAAAAUAAUAAAGUGUUAUCUAUUUUAUUUUCACUUUUCCUACAUUCUGACGAUCCAGUUUUGGGUCACAACCCAUGGAUUGAGAAACACUGAGCUAGAGGUCUGAGGGUAAUUAGUUGUAGUUUCUACACUGAUAUGCUAUGAUCCUUAUUACUCAGUUGUAGUGUCUUUACAUGUAAUGAAAAUUAGCAUCUAAGGUUUUUCCAGUUCCUAAAGAACUUUGGGGUAAAUAAAAUAGUGAUUAGUAUUACAUAUUUCUCUUUCAUAUUUAAAAUAAAUGUAUUGGUCGAGAAUAAGAUAAAACAUAUAUUACGUACAUUAAUAACUUCACUCUCAUUUUAUGUACUGAACAUUUUAAUAUACUUGUGAUAUGUCUCAAAUGUUUAAUUAAUAUUAACUUCUGAUUAGAGAAAGCUUAUACAUAGAGUAAAACUAAAUAUCAACCUGGUCAUCAGUAUAGUUUAUUAAAUAGACUUUUCUUACAUUUCUACUUGUAAAGAUUAGAAUGCAUUGUUAUCAUUUAGAUACCCUUUAUAUUAAUGAUAUUUUGGACAUAAUCCCAAUAAUAACUCAUGAGAUUUGGCCAGCUUAAGAAAUUUAAGUUAGAACUAAAUACAUAUGUUAAAACAAUCUGUGUGAUGAAAUUAUAAUAAUAAACAAUAAACCAAAAUAAAAAGUAAUGCAAUUCAAUGUACUAAAUAGUAUAAUCAAUACUGUGAAAUAAAAUAAUAAUAAAUAAAUAAUAUAACUUACCAAGGAAUACAGAAACACUAGCUGUCGGCUUGAACAUAACUGGACUAGUAGUGCUUCAUGUGAAAUGUAUUGGUUUUCAAACCAAUUUGUAUGUUUACAUUAGUAUAGGAUAUCACUUGUGUUUAACAUAAAAUACAUGCUUUGCAUUAAGUACAAGUACAAAUGUAUGAAAAUGCACAUUUAUGAUAGUUUCCUUUUAAAAAUUAAUGGUAUUCUCUGAAUUAACUAUUAGAUAACACAAUUAAAAGAAUUAUAUACAUACACACACAGUUAAAGGAAACUUGAGGUUUAUUGAUCAGUAUAUGAACCACAGAUAAUUCAUGGUGGGUUUAUUGUUUGGAUAUUUUUUAUUAGUGAAUUUAAAUGAACUGUGUUUCUAAAGUAAAAUAUUAAACAUAUAUUAUUGUGAGUUUAAGAAAAGAAAAGUUGUUCAUAGCCCAGUGAUAAAUGUCAAUGUGUUUGUGAAGGAAUAUUUUAGUCUUUUUCUUCUGCCAAUUUCUAUUAUAAGUUAAGGAUUAAUUGGCUUCAGACUUUAGCAUUGUCAAUGACUCAGUUGUUGAGAUUUCUUCUCAAAAAGCCAAAAUCUGUAUAUUUGUGUAAGUAUUUUGUAUUGAACUUGGACAUUUUAGUUUUUAUAAACUUUUACCUUAUUACCUUUAGUUAAAACAAUUAUAUGAUAAUGCCUCCGACUUAGUCUUUCACGUUUGUGUCUAUCAGUUUUGUUUAAUAUCAUUUAUUUUAUGGGUAUUUCGUUAAUUUUAAAAAACCUAAUUUUGAUUAUUAUCAGAUAAAGCAUGCAUAUUUUUUUCCAAAUUUUUAAAAAUUUUGUGGUAUGGCUGAUUAUAUUGUUACAUUUUUUUUUUUUAAACAAAUGUAGGAAAUAAAUGGUACAUAGUAUUACUGAUUGUAAAAUGUAUAAAUACACACACACAUAGCCCCACCACUCAUCACACAGAAUCGUGAGAAAAGUUGCAUGACCUAUAGUGGCUGUCCACUUUCUUUCUCUGACUUGUUCAAUCAAAAUGUUAUUGAAUCUUUUCCUUUGUUAUUUUGUUUUACAGAAAAAAAAAAUGUAACACUGAAUCAUCUGAGUAUUAGAAGUCCCAUUUUUUAUACAUAUGUCUACACUAUAAUCAAGGUUGUUUUAAUUUUUUGUUUACCCUUCAAGUAUGUUGGAGUUUAUUUUUCUGAAAGAUUCUAGCCAUAAUUUCACAUCAUAAAGAUGGUUGUGAUAGAAAACAUUUUGAACGUUGUUUUUGUUUAUAUAGCUACCUUUAUUCGAAGAUGGUGUAUAUGAGAUUGCCUAGAUUUUAUCUGUCUCUUAUAUCUGUGAUUGUUUAAUUUUUGGUCUUUUAAUCAAAUUAGGUAACAAAAACCCAUACUGUGAACUACAGAGAACCACAAAUUUCAGCUAUAUUAGCUUGAGUGAUUGUAUGGAGAACUUGUAAACAAGAUUAAUUGAAAGUUUUUAUUGUCAUAAGUUGAGCUGAUUCAGAAAGCAUUAUGAAGUUUUAUAAUUUUCUUGUUAUGGUUUAUAUAUUUUAUUCAGGGUUGUUUGAGAGUUUUCUUAACUUCAAAAAUCAAAUAUCUGAGAACUAAUUUUGGUUGAUUUUUCUCUGUACAUAAAUGGUUUAGCAUAAAGGUAAUUAAAGCCAUAUUUAGUAGGGUGAGUAAACCCAUCAAUAAAAAUAUAUAUAUUAGUUAUUUUUUUAGUUCUAGAGUGUUGUGAUAUUUUGUGAAGGUUUUUAACAUGUUUAUUUCAGACUGUUCUGGUCAUUUAUGAUUUUCAAUAAAAACUGUAUCUAUAAUAUA